CUCCUAUUAAGACACUCUGUUCCGGAAUUCCAGAAUAUGCUCUCCCCUUUGACACCCCUCACAUCUUCUAUCGGCCAACCCCGUCACGGGCAGCAAAUCACCUGUUUGGUCUGCUGAUCACCUCAUCAUUCGAUUCCCAAGAAGUUGAAGUCUUUGGGCAUCAGUGGAGAGAUCGUCAGCUCCACAUUGAUAAGAUUAUCGCAUCCCCCACGUUGACCGCUCUUAUUGUACCCAGGUGGCCUGAUCCCCUUCCUCUUUUAUUUAUUGCCCUCCCCUUCUUUACUUUUUAAUUCAACCUUUAGCCAUGCAACCGAAUCACUGCGACCUUCUGGGUCAGGUGCGUGAGCCCAGAGCCGCGAGUCGGAUGACGCGCGAUGGCCAGCCGCAUCAAAGUGGUCAGCCCCAGCCAUCCGGUGCACCCAUGAGAUCAGAGGAUUCAUGGAUCGAUGUUUCGUCGCAGCCGUCAUCGUCUUCCUUCUCAUCGGCUGCUACCAACGAUGAUAUAAUAACCACCGGUCUACGAGUCGAGCAGGGAGAGGCGGGGGCAUAUCAACGCCGUAACCGUCGACGUCGUCUACAACAUCUCGCUGCUAUCACUACAGCCCAGGUGGCUUAUUCAUCACACGACGCCAGUCAAGCCAGCAGCAGCCAAGAGGAAUAUGAGGAGAGCGAAAGUGAAUCCGACCGAGUACUCAGCAGCUCAAACGAAGAGAUGCGCCGCCCGACCUUCCCAACUACUUUACCGAUGCCCUCUGAACCACCCUCGUCCGGCUCCGAUGCUGCCUCCAGUGACGAUGAAGAUGAUACCUCUACUGCUUUGGGAAUGGGAAUCAGCCCGUCUCCAUUUGUCCCCCAACCCAACGUAUUCACACACCCUCCAGCCACCUCGGACACAUCGUGGUCUCACCCUUCUGAUGCUCGCCGUCAUCAAGCCGGUGUAUCCAACUCGAGCCGACAAACAGCGAUUCGAAGAGAGUCAUAUCCCAGUUCACGGUCAUCCCGAAGAAAUCAAUAUCAGCACAGCCCUUACAAUAUGAUCUCCCCCUCUCAUCAUGCAGAUCAUGAUGCCGCCCUUCGCGCUAGCCUGUCAACCCUUCUAUCAUGUGCAGCUGCCGCAAGAGGCUUGCCGAAGAACGACAAUCAACCUUCAGCCUCACCAGCUGCUCCCCCAUCCACUGCACAGCCCUCAGCAUUCCGUCUUGUUGGCGAAUCAGUAGUUAUGGGAGAAGAGAGCGGCGACGAGGCAAUUGGAUCUUCCCCUCAGUACCCCCAGACAAGCCCGUCGAUAGGGCCUCCAGGGAGGGAUACACGCCCACCGACAAUUCCAUCAAGCCCAGCUGUUGCCAAAGCAAAGCGUCGGUCAAGUUCACCCAAAGACCGCAGUGCUGCGAAGAAAAGCCGCCGCGCGACACUGGCAGAUUCCACAACUCCUGUCAGCCCCACGAUCAUGACCUGGGUCAUUAGUGCCGGUGUUGUGGUUUUAUUCUCUGCGAUAAGCUUUUCUGCAGGGUACAUGCUCGGCCGUGAAGUUGGCCGAACCGAGGUGGGCAUGACGGGAGACAGUGUUCCUGGCCCCCGGUCAUCGGCCGCGUGUGGCCAGGAAGCAGUCCGGGGCGGACUCCGAAAACUGCGCUGGGGAACUGCCGCCGCAGGGACUGCCAGUCUCGCAUAAAUGAUGUGAUGCCUUGUUAUGCAUGGCCAAAAUGAUUAAAACGAAUUACGAUGUUGCCAUGAUGUAUUGUGGCACUCGGCCCGCAUGCCUCCAUUAUCAUGGUGUUUCACUGCUUUCUUUGGUUGAUAUUCAUCCUGCCUUCCUCCAUUUGGCCCGGAUUGUCAA